UGCAGCGGGACCAGUGCGGAGGAGCUGCCCUUAGUCUCGCCUGCUGGGCGCCUCACCUCUCCUCCCUGCCCGCGGAGACGGCGCCAGGGGGAGCAAGCCAGUAGAGCGGUGCCCGCACCCUCCCGACCUGGCGCAGGAGGCGGGUGAGCCACCGCAAAGAUGCUGCUGCCCUGGGCCUUCGGGCUGGCGCUGCUGCUCCCCUGGGCAGCAGGUGGAUUAGGGAAGGCAGCCAGCCCCAGGGAUCCUGAGUUGUUGUCAUCUGCCCUCCAGCCGGGGGUCUGUCACUAUGGUGCUAACCUGGCCUGCUGCUAUGGCUGGAGAAGGAACAGCCGCGGAGCCUGUGAAGCCACCUGUCAGCCUGGAUGCAAGUUCGGUGAGUGUGUGGGGCCCAACAAAUGCCGCUGCUUUCCAGGCUUCACCGGGGAGACCUGCAGUCAAGAUGUGAACGAGUGUGGAAUAAAGCCCCGGCCAUGCCAACACCGGUGUGUGAACACUCACGGCAGCUACAAGUGCUUCUGCCUCAGUGGCCACAUGCUCAUGCCAGACGCCACUUGUGCCAACUCCAGGACGUGUGCCAGGACCUCCUGCCAGUAUGGCUGUGAAGACACUGCAGAGGGGCCCCGCUGUCUCUGCCCGUCCUCAGGACUCCGCCUGGCCCCUAACGGGAGACUCUGUAUAGACACUGACGAGUGUGCCUCUGGUGAAGCCGUGUGCCCCUCCAAUCGGCGGUGUGUGAACACAUUUGGAAGCUACUACUGCAAGUGUCACGUUGGUUUUGAGCUGAAGUACAUCAGCGGCCGAUAUGACUGCAGAGAUCUGAAUGAAUGUGCGGCGAAUACCCACCAGUGCAGCUUCCAUGCCAAUUGCCUCAAUACCCAAGGAUCCUUCAAAUGCACAUGCAAGCAGGGAUACAAAGGCAAUGGACUUCGCUGCUCUGUUAUCCCUGAAAAUUCUGUGAAGGAAGUCCUCAGAGCACUUGGUCCCAUCAAAGACAGAAUUAAGAAGUUGCUUGCUCAUAAGAACAGCAUGAGGAAGAAGGCGAAAAUGAAAAAUGCCAUCACCUCACCUGCGGGGACCCCCAUCCUUAAUGUCAAUUUGCACCUUGUCAACCCUGAGGAGAGCAUUUCCAGAGCUGUGAGACCUGAAGGAGAAAAAAGAGGGAAUGAGAACAGAAGGAAAGAGGGGCUGGAGGAAGAGAAAGGAGGUGGGAACGCCCUGAGGAGCCACAUGGAGCCCGAGCACAGCCUGCGAGGAGAUGUGUUUGACCCAAAGGUGAAGGAAUCGGGAGAACUUGGUCUGGCUCUGGCCCACAGAAAAUCUGUCGCACCAAAACUGGACCACAGAGCAGAUUUAAAUAUCUCAGCUGACUGCAGCUUUGACCAUGGCGCCUGUGAAUGGAAACAAGACCGGGAAGACGAUUUUGACUGGAAUCCUGCUGAUCGAGAUAACGCUGUUGGCCACUAUAUGGCGGUCUCAGCCUUGACAGGACACAGGAAGGACAUCGGCAGAUUGGAACUUCUCCUCCACAACCUGCAGCCCCAGAACAACUUCUGUUUGCUUUUCGAUUACCGACUGGUUGGAGACAAAGUAGGGAAACUGCGAGUGUUUGUGAAAAAUAAUAACAGGGCCCUGGCCUGGGAGGAGAGCAGGAGUGAAGAUGAAAGUUGGAAGACGGCAAAGAUUCAGUUGUAUCCGGAGACCAAUACUACGAGCAGUAUCAUUUUUGAAGCACAACGUGGCAAGGGCAGAACAGGAGAAAUCGCAGUGGAUGGUGUCUUGCUGGUCUCAGGCUCGUGUCCCAGUGGCCUCCAAUCUGUGGAUGGUUGAAAGUUCCUGUUAUCUUUUUAUCAUCAUGUUUGUUUGUUUGUUUUUAUAAUUUCAGUUCUAUGAUUUUUAUAUUACAUUGUAGACCCCCCUUGUUUUCCAAAUGCAAACUCAAAAAAUGUGAUGUAUUAAAAAGUAUUAUGGUAAGACA